GAGGGAGAUGCUCGUGUUGCCCUUGCAGCAGUAGGUCGUAGCCAUGUGGUGAGGAAGCAACAAAUGGCUGUCGUUGUUUAUUUUCCUGACACUGAAAGUGGGUUGUGCUUAAAUUAAUGGCAAUUGCUACAUCAUUAAUGCUGGUGUAUAAUUAGAAGUGGGGAGCUGCGUCUGUGUUGCUGUAUGGCACCGAUGGGCUUGUGCCUCUGACAUCAGAUGUGCACCUUAUCACUGGGACGUGCAUGGAGGCAGCCUGCUGCUUUCAUGCCAAAUUGGGGUUUAUCCAUUGCAGAACAUGGGAGGGGUCCCAGCCCAGCCUGGCUCCCUUUGCUCCCUGCAGUUCUAACCAGCCAUCCUCCAUCUGAGAGGAUAGAGUGAAAAGGAGAGGUUUUGUUUUGAGUAGCAGCAGCUCUUGUGAUCUUUGGAGCUGUGUGAGCAUCCUGCGUGCUGCAUGCCUUCAGUUGUGCUCUCAGGUGCAGUGGUGCAGUGUGGAAUUAAAGCAUCCAGCUGUGCUAUGCAGCUUCUGCUGCCCUCACUCUCCUCUGCACCUGCUCCACUCCCUCUAAACCAGCUUUAUGCUGCUGAUAUUCCAGCCAAGGCCGCGCUGUGCUGGAGGAGGCUGGAUGGUCACUGUUGUCCUCAGCAGUUUGGACAGCUUGGAUCCACUCUUGGUCUAAAAGCUUUGCUGUCGAAGAGAUUCGGUGCCUGGGGAAUGCCUAUGGACAGUGCUAUGAAGCAGGCUGGUGGGAUUCUGGUUUCUUGCUCCUAUCUCAGGUUGGAAGGAGAGACUAAUUUAUACACAGCAUUCUUUUAAUCACCAAGUCAGGUGAAAUAAAUACAUAUACAGCGCCUGUGGGAGCCUUUAAUUCCUAAUGACAGACUGUUACAAUGCUGCUGGCAUACAUUUUAUUCCUAAAGUCUGUGGUCGCUCUUGUAAAUGAAGCACACACCUCUAUGGAGCAGAUUGAUGGAGGCACUGUGCUGUCCUGGCUGUUCUGAGCCUUCCUCACUCGCCUUAGGAUACAGCUGAAGGCGUGAGCUGAGAAAUGAAAGAGCUCCGCAUGCUUCUCACGCCAGCAGAACAGUACCAUGAAGGCUGGUUUAGUGGCAUCUGCCAGCCCAGAACUUGCUUUUCCAUCUGGUGGAUGCUCACCUGACAGCUGCACAAAGCUCCCCAUCCUCUGCCAGAAAUGCCCCAAAGGACUCGGCCUCAAUCCGCUGAACAACUUGAUAGAAUGGAUGUUGCUCCGGCUGUGGGAUGCACCAGCUCCAAUGUACUGUUUCUACAUGGUCCACCUGCAGAAGGAAGCCAGCUCGGCCAGCUGUGAUGUUCACCCAUGCAGAGCUCCUCAAAGCUCUGCCUCAAGAAAGCAAGUAAAGCUGGAUUUACGAAGGAUGGAGCUCAGCAGCUCCAUUCAAACGGGGUGGAUUCGAAACGCACGGAGCUGUUUUCGUGCUGCAGAGCCUCACUACGUCUGCUUUGCAGUUCAUCAGAGCAGCUCACAAAGUUUCCAGGAUGGAGCUGGCGUUCCCACAGGGCUUCACCCAUGCCAAGAGCCCGGAAUUGUGCAGAGGGAGCAGUGCACUCUGUGCUGCCAGACACUGAUUGCUUCUCUUGGCCUCGGUUUCUGAUUUAUUUAUAUGAACUUAAUGACACCCGAGCAAGGAGCUCAGGAAGGCAUCAGAUCAAACACAGGCUGACUUCAUUGGGCUAAAAACGUCUCAAGCUUCCCAUCAUCAGCCACGUUACCCAUUGGAUCUGUGCUUACCGAGGGGACCUGCUGAAUCCUGCAGUAAAGGAGUUCACUCCCGUGCACCCAUCAAGGCCAAAAAUGUGUGUCUUUGUAAAAGAUGCUCCGUUUCAGUGGCCACAAGGAAGAGGUUUUGUUGCUUCCCUUGGAAGCGGUCGAAGUUAGCAUCCGAUGAUCGAAGUUAGCUGGUCUGUUUGCCUUCAGAGAGGACGACCUCAUCUUUCCUGAUCUUUCAGGGAGGUGCUGGAGAACCUGGAGGUGCUCGGGAACCGUGGGGAUGUGGCACUGAGGGAUGGAUCAGU